GGUUCCGGGUUCUUCUUGUUCCCUUAGCCACAGCGCAGAGGGAGGAAAGAUGGCGGCGGCCGAGUCCGACAGAGAUCCACCGUCCGCUUUAUGUUCCGAAUUCCUGAAUUUCUCCGCCAAAGACACCGCGUCGCAAUGGAUGGCAGCAGCAGAUCUUCAGCAGGAGGUGCACCGUCACCUGGCCCUGUAUGUACCCAGAAUCCUUUGCUUGGGGCCGAGCGGGUGCAGCAGCAGAGAGGAGCAGAGGGAGGAGCAGAGGGAGGAGCUGGCCUGUCAGCUGCUCCUCCUGGCUCCUCUGGAGUGGCUCCUGCUGGGGGAGGAGCCGGCCGCCGGCCUGGCGCUCCUGCAGGAGAACAACCAGCCGUCACCGCUGUGUGGACACGUGUUCAAGGUGGGAGAGCCCACCUACUCCUGCAGGGAGUGUGCAGCUGAUCCCACCUGUGUUCUGUGCAUGCAGUGUUUCCUCGGCAGCGUUCAUAAAGACCAUCGAUACAGGAUGACCACGUCAGGAGGUGGAGGUUUUUGUGACUGUGGAGACGCUGAGGCCUGGAAGAAGGGUCCUUACUGCCAGAAACACACCCCCACCCCCAACAACAGAGACACAGAGGAGGACCCCGUAGCCCAGCUGCCGGCUGACAUGGUCGCCCGCAGUUACAACAUCUUCUCCAUCAUCCUGAAGUACGCUGUAGACAUGCUGACCUGGGAUCAGGAGGACCAGCUACCUGCAGGACUGGAACCACCGGAGAGAGGAGACACCUACUACUGCAUGCUGUUUAAUGAUGAAGUCCACACCUAUGAACAGGUGAUCUACACUCUGCAGAAAGCCGUCAACUGCAGCCAGAAAGAAGCCGUCAGCUUCGCCACCACUGUGGACCGAGACGGAAGGAAGUCGGUUCGAUAUGGAGAUUUCCAGUUCUGUGAACAAGCCAAGUCUGUUAUAGUGAGGAACACCAGCCGUCAGUCGAAGCCUCUCAGAGUUCAGGUGAUGCACUCAUCUGUCGUUGCUCAUCAGUGUUUCGCUCUGAAAGCUCUCAGCUGGUUGGGACAGAUCAUUCAGUACUCAGACGGUCUGAGGCGGAUUCUGUGUCAGGUGGGACUUCAGGAAGGUCCAGAAGGAGAAAACUCCUCGCUGGUCGACCGGCUGAUGCUCAACGACUCCAAGAUGUGGAAAGGAGCGAGGAACAUCUACCACCAGCUGCUGAUGAACAGCCUCCUCAUGGACCUCAAGUACAAGAAGAUCUUCGCCAUCCAGUUUGCCAAGAGCUAUGAACGCUUGCAGAACGACUACGUGAAAGACGACCACGACCGUGAGUUCUCCAUCACUGACCUGUCAGUGCAAAUAUUCACCGUCCCGUCACUGGCCCGGAUGCUGAUGGUGGAGGAGAACCUGAUGACCACCAUCAUCAGGACGUUUGUGGAUCACCUCCGUCACAGAGACCUGCAGGGACGCUUCCAGUUCGACCGCUACACCGCCCAGCAGGCCUUCAAGUUCGGACGAGUCCAGAGCCUUAUUGGAGACCUUAAGUACGUCCUCAUCAGUCGUCCCUGUGAGUGGAGCGAUGAGCUCAGAGAGAAGUUCCUGGAAGGUCUGGAUUCAUUUCUGGAGCUGCUCAAGUGCAUGCAGGGCAUGGACCCGGUGGUGAGACAGGUGGGACAGCACAUAGAGAUGGAGCCUGAGUGGGAGGCAGCGUUCACUCUGCAGAUGAAACUGACCCACAUCAUCUCCAUGAUCCAGGAGUGGUGCUCAACUGAUGAGCGUGUGCUGAUCGACGCCUACAGGAGGUGUCUGAGCGCGCUCAGUCACUGUCAUAGUGGCCUUCCAGACGGUGAGCAGCCAAUCAGCUUGAGUCUGGCCGGUCACUGCGUGGAGACCUUCAGGUACCAGGUGUCUCAGGACAAAGUGUCCAUACACCUGCCGGUCUGCAGACUGCUGGCAGGUCUCCAUGUUCUCCUCAGCAGGACAGAAGUCGCGUCUCGUUUCCCUGAACAGCUGCCACUGGGUGAACUCAGUCCCCCCCUCCUGAUCGAACUACCUCUGCGCUGCCUGGUGCUCUGUGCCCAGGUGCAUGCUGGGAUGUGGAGGAGGAACGGCUUCUCUCUGAUCAAUCAGAUCUAUUAUUACCACAACGUCAAGUGCAGAGUGGAGAUGUUCGACAAAGACAUCAUCAUGCUGCAGGCCGGAGCGUCCAUGAUGGAUCCAAACCACUUCCUGAUGAUCGUUCUCAGUCGAUUUGAACUUUUCCACAUUUUCAGCUCCGCAGACUGCAGGAAAAGAUACAGAGAGGCUAACAAGGACGUGGUCCAGCAGAACAACACUCUGAUCGAGGAGAUGCUUCACCUCAUCAUCAUGGUCGUCGGUGAGCGGUACGUGGCUGGCGUCGGCCAGGUGGAGCCCUUCGAUGAGGUCAGAAGAGAAAUCAUCCACCAGCUGUCAAUCAGACCAAUGGCUCACAGCGAGCUGGUGAAGGCUCUGCCCGAGAACGGUAAUAAGGAGACGGGUCUGGAGCGAGUCAUCGACAGCGUUGCUUCAUUCAAGAAGCCGGGUGUGACAGGUCGAGGUCUGUAUGAAUUGCGUCCGGAGUGGAACAAACACUUCAACCUGUACUUCCAUCACUACAGCAGAGCCGACCAGUCCAAGGCGGAGGAGGCUCAGAGGAAGCUGAGAAGACAGAACGGAGAGGACACAGCCCUGCCGCCCCCAGUGCCCCCCCCUCUCUGUCCUCUGUUCGGCAGCCUGGUGAACCUGCUGCAGUGUGACGUGCUGCUGGCUGUGGAGGGAGCCGUGCUGCAGUGGGCUGUGGAGCCCAGCGGCGGAGGCUGGACAGAGUCCAUGCUGCAGAGGGUGCUCCACCUGGUGGGCAUGGCUCUGCUGGAGGAGCAGCAGCAGCUGGAGAACAGCAGCGGAUACGAUGACGUCACUUUCAACUACACCUGCAAGAUCACACGUCCAGGUGAAGCUCCCAGUACUUCAGGAAGUGUUCUGGCUCUGCUGGAGAGUCUGCAGAAUGCUCCUCACCUGGAGGUCCACAAAGACAUGAUCACCUGGAUCCUCAAGAUGGUGGCAAACAUCAAAACAAUAAGAGAACGUUCAUCUUCCACCUCCAGCGUCACCAUCAGCCAGGGACAAGGACUGGAGGAGACGGUGCGGGACAAAGACAAGGCGGAGAGGAAGAGGAAGGCGGAGAUGGCUCGACUCAGGAGGGAGAAGAUCAUGGCUCAGAUGUCUGAGAUGCAGAAACAUUUCAUCAACGAGAACAAAGAACUUUUCCAACAGAGUCUGGAGGAGCUGGAGGCGUCGACAUCUGCUGCUGCAGAGCACAGUCCUCCCAGCUUGGAGGUGUCCAGUGUCUCACAGGUGUGUGUUGGUCCCAGGAGGUUGGGCGGAGCCGAGCGCCGUCAGCUGGUGACCUGCAUCCUGUGCCAGGAGGAGCAGGAGGUCAAAGGUCACGGCAGGGCUAUGGUGUUGGCAGCGUUUGUCCAGAGAUCAACCGUUUUGUCCAAAAACCGCCGCCGCGCCCUGCCCAACGCAGAGUGUCAUGACCCUCUGUUCAUGCACCCCGACCUGUCACUGGGUAUCCACACCGCCAGCUGUGGACACAUCAUGCACGCCACCUGCUGGCAGAGGUACUUUGAGGCUGUACAGCUGAAGGAGCAGAGACGUCAGCAGCGUCUGCGAGGUCACACCAGCUACGACGUGGAGAACGGAGAGUUCCUGUGUCCGCUCUGCGAGUGUCUGAGCAACACUGUCAUCCCUCUGCUGCCACACACACAUUCACCUGAUCACAGUGUCGAUCACCCCGGUCUGGAGCUGUGGCUGAAGACGACCAAUCAGCAGAUAGCAGCACUACACUCCGCCCACAGGAAACAGUCUGAUGAUGCAGCAGAGGGGGCGGAGCCUCCUGUUCCUGUUCCAGAAGGAUUCAGAAUCGACUUCACUCCACUGAACCCGUUCUCCAGCAGCGUCAGCGAGAUGAUCACCACCUUCAGCAUGUCGACCUACAAGGUGGGACUGAAGGUGAACCCCAACGAGCAGGACCAGAGAGUCCCAGUGCUGAGCUGGUCCACCUGCGCCUACACCAUCCAGGCUAUAGAGCGCCUCCUGAUGGACGAGGAGAAGCCGUUAUUUGGAAGUUUACCUUGCAGACAGGACGACUGUCUGAGCUCUCUCACCAGGUUCAGUUCAGCCUGUUGGACAGCAGCUCCACUGAAAACAGUUCACACGCAGUUCAUCAGACUGCUCGCAGCUCUGGUUCCAGACCCUCAGGUAGAAAACACUCCAUGUAUCCUGGACAUCGACAUGUUCCACUUGCUGGUUUACAGCGUGUUGUCCUACAGCUCAGUUCACUGUCUGGACCAAUCAAGACAGAGUGUGGUUGACUCAGCCCACCUCCACCUCCUUCACCUGGUCACUGUGGCUCACCUGGUUCAGAUCCUGCUCACCUCCACAACAGAGGAGGUGUUUAUGGAUCAGGACAGUGGAGGAUCAGAGGAGGAGGAAUUCACCUGUCAGCUGUACGACACGCUGAGGAAACACCUGGGCAGUGCGUUACCUGAGGUGAACUCUGGGUGGCAGCUGUGGCGUUGUGUGAAAGUCGGCAUCCUGCCGUUCCUCAGAGCCGCCGCUCUCUUCUUCCACUACUUGAACUCUACAGCGCCGCCUGCUGACCUGCUGGUUGCAGGUCCUGGUCAGUGGGAGGCGCUGUGCAGCUACCUCGGCCUGCCCUCCAACCUGCUGCAGCUCUACCAGAGCCAACACACACUGCUGGAGCCACUCAUAUACAGGUGGUGUAGUCAUCCAGGUGUCAGACAGACUCUGCAGGGGGCCGGAGUCAUCGUCAGGUUCCCCAGAGAGUCGAAUCGACUGAUCGACCUGCCCGAAGAUUACAGCGUCCUGAUCAACCAGGCGUCCAGCUUCACGUGUCCCCGGUCAGGAGGUGAUAAGUCUCGUGCUCCCACUCUGUGUCUGGUCUGCGGCUCCAUGUUGUGUUCUCAGAGUUACUGCUGCCAGACGGAGGUGGACGGAGAGGACGUAGGAGCCUGCACCGCCCACACCUUCACCUGCGGAGCCGGCCUCGGCCUCUUCCUCAGGGUCAGAGAGAGUCAGGUGUUGUUCGUCGCAGGUAAAACGAAGGGCUGUUUCUAUCCUCCUCCGUACCUGGAUGACUACGGAGAGACGGAUCAGGGCCUCAAACGGGGGAACCCCCUCCACCUGUGCGCGGACCGUUACAGGAAGAUCGAGCGUCUAUGGCGUCAGCACGGCAUCGCUGAGGUCAUCGGUCACGCUCAGGAGGCCAAUCAGACGCUGGUCGCCAUCGACUGGCAGCACCUGUGAUAUUCAUCUCGGCUCUGCCCCCCCCUCACUCAGAAAACAGGCGAAUGUUUGGUUCUCAGCGUUUGCCCCGCCCUUUCUUAAUAAAAAACCCUUCCUCUCAACCAAUCAGCUUCCUGCAGCCCAGCGCUGAGCUCAGAUCAGCUUUCAGGGAUUUUUUCAGGAAUUUGGCUUUUUGGUUUCUGUCUCCGGGAGGCUUCUGACCUUUGACCUUCUCCAUGUGUCACUCCACCAAUCAGGGAGAGGCAGUAAAACUGAUCGUCUCACAGACAGGAAACGCUGAUGUGAGAUUUAGAAACUUUUUUUAAAUUUAAGAGUUUUCUGUUUACUGAGGCGUUCUGACUUUGUGGGAAUCUUUCUGCUGUAACUGCAAAAUGAACCAAAGUGAAGCCCCGCCCACCUGCUGCUGUCACUCACAGGUGAUUGACAGGUUAUUGAAAGCAGUUUAAGAUCAGGUUUGACCUGUUAAACACGACACACUCGUUAUCUUUCACAUUUAAACUUCAUUUUCAGAUCGAGGUUGCUCUCUCUCUGCGUGACGGUGAACCAGUGGAAACUGGUGUGUCGUUGUGUUUCCAUACAGGUGUGAAGUGGGAGGAGCCUGCGGCGUCAGUCAGUGUUGAUGACAUGAAACUCUUUUCACAACAUGAACAGUCGUGGUAGAAAAUAUCUAGUUCUUUAAUUAAAAAAAAAAAAAAAAAAAAA